CGCAGAGGCCGAGGACACCGCAGCAGAGGCGCAGCUGGGGGGGCGAGGCGGUCGGCGCUCCUGGAAACCCGUGCGCGCUCGCGCCACUGGGCCCAGAGUGAUGAUGGUCGCGCCCUGGACGCGGUUCUACUCCAAAAGCUGCUGCCUGUGCUGCCGUGUCUGCUUUGGCACCACCCAGCUCGGUGUCUGGUACGCGAUCAUCAAUACUAUGGUACUGUUGCUUUUACUGAGUGCCCCGGCUGAUCCGGAUCAGGAUCACUUUCCGAGUUCUGAAGUGGGAGGUGACUUUGAGUUCACGGAUGAUGCCACCAUGUGCAUUGCCAUUGCGAUUUCUCUCCUCAUGAUCCUGAUAUGUGCUAUGACUAAUUACGGAGCAUACAAGCAACACGCAGCCCGGAUCGUCCCAUUCCUCUGUUACAAGAUCUUUGAUUUUGCUGUGAACUCCUUGGCUGCAAUCGCUGUGCUUGUUUAUCCAAACUCCAUUCAGGAAUACAUAGGACAACUGCGUGCUAAUUUUCCCUGCAGAGAUGAUGUCACGUCAGUGAAUCCUACCUGUUUGGUCUUCAUUAUUCUUCUAUUUAUUAGCAUUAUCCUGACUUUUAAGGGUUACUUGGUUAGCUGUGUUUGGAACUGCUACCUUUACAUCAAUGGCAGGAACUCCUCAGAUGUCCUGGUUUAUGUCACCAGCAAUGACACUACAGUGCUGCUACCCCCGUAUGAUGAUGCCACUGCCAAUGGCGCUGCCAAGGAACCUCCGCCACCCUACGCUCUGCCUAAGCCUUCGAGUGGGCGGGGCUGAGAGCAGCAGGCUGACUUUUCAGACAUCUGAGGAAUAGUUCUGUUAUUUCACUUUUGAGCUGAGCUCCCUGAGCUUGUUUGUUGCUGAAAUCUACUUUUUAAAAUUUAGACGUUAGGUUGAAAGCUGCAGUUUUCAGCAUAUGCUUUGCUAGAGCACUGUGA